UUUUUUUGCACUUGAGUUUGUUUACAUGAAGCGGCUGCCCACUGGAAAGCCGACACACAUACACGACAUCAGCGCUAGGGAGUGGUGUGGUGUGUCGGUGAUUAAAGUCGUCCAUUUAGGCGUCCAUAAUAUGAUUGUCUGCCACUAAUACGACGUUUUCAGGCAUGAGGGGGCUGGAUUUGCAAAUAAACAUGGCCUCCUCCACAAGCGGAAGGAGCUUGACCUCCAAUUACGUCCCGCCCUCUCUGGAGAAUAAACUCCUGACUCAGACAUCCUCAUCAUUGGCGAGCUUUUCGCUCCAGCCCUCCGGCCUGACCUCCACCUCCUCCAGCCUCCUCUUCUCCGCCUCGUCCUCCAUCGCUUCGCCGCUUCUCAGCACCCAAAACACUCUUCUGAGUUCUUCCCGUCUCACCUCUUUCACUCCUUCCACCAGCAACCCUCUCCUUGCUACCUCUUUAGUCGACGGUGCUCUCCUCUCUGGCUUUUCCCAGCCGCCAUCUUUCCUCCCACGGGACAGAGAGCCGAAGAAGGUUGAUGAAGGAGGAGAGGAAAUAUCAGAAGCGCAGCCUUUCUCUUUUGAAGAAACAAGCGUGCUGUAUUCCGAUGAAGAUGACGAAAUGCCGUCUGAGGAGGAAGAGCAAAGUGAGGAGGAAACGGUUGUAUCUAAAGCUAUGGAAGUGUGCAUCCCGGAGCACCGGGAGAAGGUGGAAAUGGUGGUCAAGAGACGGGAGGAAUUUGCCGAGGUAGUCCGUGACCAGCAGCAGAUUGACGAGGAGCUCAAGGAUAAAAAAUAUUUCCUACUGAAUGCCGUGUGCUGCUCCCUGGUCCAAAAGAGCACCAACCCGGGUCAGGAGGACUGGGACUUUGAGGAAAGUGUGUGGACCAAAAUUACCAACCUGGUGAAGAAGAUUUCUGAAUUCGACCCCCAGUUUGUUCUGAAGGUGGCGCUGUACACAAGACAAGAGUUGAACAUCCGCAUCACUGCCAACUUCCUGCUGGCCCUCGCCGCCAAUCUCCCGGCCACCAAGUGUCACGUGCGCCGCUACUUCUGCGCCAGCGUCCAGCUGCCGUCCGACUGGCUGGAGGUGGUGCGCAUCUACAGCACGUGCUUCAGUCGCUCGCUGCCCAUGUGCUUGAAGAAGGCCAUGGCUGACAAGUUUAAGGAGUUCAGUGAGUACCAGCUGGCCAAAUACAACACACGCAAGCAUCGCUGUAAGCACAACCGCAACAAGAGCAAGAAGCCAAGCGACAAAGAUCUGACAAAGUGGGCCAGCUGGCUCCGAUCCGAUACGACAAUUCUGCAGAAAUAUCUGAAUAUGGACGUCAAAACGGCUGUGGACAAAAAGCAAAAUGAGUUCAACAUGAAGAAGAUGAUCCAGAAGUUUCACAUCAAAGAACCGGCCGAGCACGUCAUGGCCAUCUUGGGCCGAAAGUAUCCUGCAGACCAGAAGGCGUUUAACCGCAGCGGUCUGAAGGGUCACUGGGACAGAGACCGAGCAGGUCAAAGGAUGAAGCUCAAGAAUGCAGAGACAUGGGAGCGGCUACUUAGUCAGGAGGGCAACAAGGCCGCUACCUGGGAGAAACUCAUUGACAAUAAUUCACUGCCCUUCAUGGCCAUGCUGAGGAACCUGAGAAACAUGAUCAAGCAGGGUAUCAGCAUGACUCAUCACGAGAAGAUCCUCAGACGGCUCGUCAAUAAAAAAGCAGUGGUUCAGAGUCGACAGUUUCCCUUCCGCUUCCUGUCUGCCUACAAAGUCAUCAUGGAGCUUUGCAAUCUUUCGAUGCCGCAAACAUCCUCCAACAGCGAGAUCCUGAAGAACAUCCUCAAGAGGAUUCCCAAGAGUAAACGCUUCGGCCGCCUGGACUGGCAAACGGCCAGCAGGAAGCGGCUACGGGUGGCGCUCGGCGUGCCUUUUGUCUACCGCGUUUAUCGCAUGAAGAAGGAUCACUUCUUGAAGGCCAAUGUGAGAAAGCAGAGAGUCGGCCUGCUGGAACGUUACCGGCAAGCCCUGGAGAAGGCAGUGCAACUCUCAUGCCGCUACAACAUCCCGCCCCUGCCGGGACGCACGGUCAUCUUGGUGUACACCACCGGGAGCAACAGACAGGGCUGGUGCAAAAAUCUGGACUUCUGUAUUCCACCCGAGUCCAAUGACGAGGAGGAGGAGGAGGAUGAAAGGAAAAAGAAAAAGAGCAAUGAGGAUAAGCUCUGUCCUUCUGCACCCGAGGUUACCCUUCUGCUUUCGCUGAUGCUCGCCAACAGCUGUGAGGACGCCCGCAUCUUUUUGCUGAAUAAUCAUAUUUGCAAAGAGGCGCAGCUGGAGUCUGAUGUGGUUUUGGAGAACGUGUUGAGCCUGACCAAGCAACUCAAGGCGAUGGAAAAGAUGCAAGUGGAUGCUCCGCUAAGUAUUUACUUCCACCAGGUUCUCCAGAAACACAAGUUGGACAACAUCAUCAUGCUGACUGAAGAUUACACUAACUAUGAGCUGGAGUGGGCCAUCAAGACCUACAGGAAGGAAACCAAUAACAAAUGCCUUUACUUUGAACUGGUCAUGUCGGAUACCGUAUCCCGCUUCACAACCUUUGACAGGAACCAUAUCUUUCUGCCAGGCUUCAGCGAACAAAUUCUGAGGUUUGUGGCUGAGCGAGGCUCAUCCAGGCUGCUGGAGCACGUGGAGCAUUUGGACAAAGUGUACAACGUACCACCACCAGCAGGAGCCAAAGAUCCUGAGAUUACCAGUAGCCUGCUCUCCAUUCCCACCACUCCCAAGUUAAGGUGGCGUGGUGUGCGCGUCUUCAUAUCGUCCACUUUCCGCGACAUGCAAGCCGAGCGUGACGUCCUGGUGCGCAGUGUCUUCCCGGAGCUCCGCCGGCGCGCUGCGCCGUACUGCCUCCACCUGCAAGAAGUGGAGCUGCGCUGGGGCGUGACGGAGGAGGAGUCUGGCAGGGCGGCCGCACUGUGCCUGGCGGAGGUGGCUCGCAGUCAGAUGAUGGUGGCCAUCCUGGGCCAGAGGUACGGCGCGGUUCCGGACGCACUUGAAUUACCGGAUCUGCCGCAGUACAAAUGGCUCAAAUCGGAGCCCGAAGGCCUGUCAGUUACGGACAUGGAGAUCCGUCACUUUCAGGCACUCUAUGGCGAUGGAGCAAAGCAGAGGAUGUUGUGCUACUUUAGAAAUCCUGACGUCAUCAAAACAGUGCCCGUGGCAUGGAGGUCCCACUUUGCCGCUGAAUCAAAGGACACCGAGUUCAAAAUGGAGCGUCUGAAGCAAUGGAUCCACACCCACAAGCUGAAGGUCAACGACAAUUACCCGUGUGAGUGGGGUGGUGUCGUGGAAGGCAAACCCUACUUGAAGAACCUGGAGGUCUUUGCCAAAGCGGUGCUGGAGGACCUCUGGGAGACUGUCGUCAAGCAGUUUAUUAACGAGGACGAAGAAGACGAGGCCGACACAUCGGCCGAAAUGUUAGAGCAGGAGGUUCACCAGGAGGCGCUGCGGAGGCAGUUUGUCAGCCGGGCCAAGCUGCUGUCUGCCGCUGUGGAAAUGGUGGAGCAGGUGCAGGCCAAUGGAGGUGCCGUGGUAGUGGAGGGAGCACCAGGGCAGGGCAAGACAGUCUUCAUGGCGGCUCUAGCCGAGGCUCUCAGAAGCGGAGCUAAGUCCAAGAAAAACCUGGCCUGUGAUGUCAUCUCAUACUCAACAGCUGCCAGCCAAUCGUCUCGCGGCGUGGAGAAACUCCUGAGAUAUCUGGUCUGCUGCUUGAGGCGGCUUAAAGAGGAGGAAUUGCCUCUCCCUCUCUCUUACGAGGAUUUGCUGUCAGACUUUCACGCCACUUUGAAAGCCAUGAAGAGGAGCAAGCCUCUGGUGCUGCUGGUGGACGGCGUGGAUCUUGUGUGUGACGACUGGGAUCAGCUGCGCUCCGAUUGGAUACCGCAGCACCUAGCACAGGGUGUUUGUUUGGUGACGAGUGUUGCGACCACCUCGCAGUUGUUGCACGCCUUAUCCAAAAAGAAGUCCACGCUGCUCUUCACCCUGCCGCUGCUAACCGUGACAGAGCGAAAGGAAAUCGUUCAGAAAGAACUGGAAGUGUUUGGGAAGAAACUCAGCGACGCCGCUUUCAACAAUCAGCUGCAGACGCUCAUCCUGAAGAAAAGUGCAGAGUGUCCUCUCUACCUGCACAUGGCCUGUGAAGACCUGAGGAACUUUGCUUCCUUUGACAAGCUGAACGAGAGCCUGCAGGCUUUGCCUCAGUCCGUCAAUCUGCUGGUCCAGUACCGCUUGAAGAGACUCUGCUCGGAACACAGAGGCAUGCCGGGACUCUGCUGGGCUCUGGGGGCCCUCACCGUCAGCACCGCUGGCCUGAGGGAGCACGACGUCUACUCCCUACUAUGCGCUUGCAACCACCUGUGCUCGCUGAAAGGACAGGUCACAUGGCAGCAAGUGCUGGCGCUGUGCAGGAGCCCCAAAGGACGCAUCCCCAUGGUGACCUUUACCCGCAUCGUGCAUAGCUUGCGAAGUCUGGUCAGUCCAUCUCAGCUUCACGACGCCGAUGACGUGCUGGCUCUGUCCAAUCCGGACGUAAGGCGGGCCUUUGAAGACGUCCUUCUGCCCUCAGAAGACCACCGAAGAAGAGCUCACCUUGUGUUAGCGGGUCACCUGUGGGUGCUGGCCGACGCGCAGGGUGCUGAUACUUUUCUUCACGGGGAGGUGGACGCUGUCCAGCAGCUGAGUGCUAGUCUGAUACAAAGUGAUGAGCUGGAGGUUCUGCGUUCGUUGCUUUCCAGCUAUAACUUCCUGUACGCUAAUGUGCGCGGCAAACUGCUGCACCAUCUGCUGGACACCUACAAUGAGCACGAUAAGAAGUCGUCCCCAUCGAACGUCAACCAGCGGGCCGCCGUGGACGACUGCCGAGAUUUCCUGCGGCGCCACGGCGCCACGCUCUCUGGCUGGCCGGCGCUUUUUGUUCAACAGGCCCUCAACGAACCACCUGAAACCCGCGCUCACGCCUGGGCCCGAGGCCUGAUGGGUAGCGAGAGGGUAAGGGUGCUUGAGUGGCUCAACAAUGACCAUCAAACCUUUGAAGAGAGCAGUCAGCUGGUGUCUACCUUCACAUCUGAGCCUACGUGCUUGGCAGUAGACUGUGAUGGAGAAAUGGUGGUCGGGACUGGGCAGGGAACUUUGCAUUUCAUCAAUGCAAACACAGGACAGCAAGUCAAGUCGCUGGUAAGCAGCUGUGACGGCAUUUCCAGCUGCCUCUUCCUUAAAGAUGGCCGCAUUGCCACAACCUCCUUUGAUGGGCAAAUCGAGAUCUGGGAUAGCGCCAAUGGUUGUCGAACCUCUCUUAUUAAGGGUCACACGAAUGUGAUAACAGCCAGCGACAUCACGAGUGACAGGAAGCAUUUGGCCACCGUAUCGCUGGAUUACACCAUUAAAGUUUGGUCUUUGAGCGAAGGUGACAUUGCGGCAGUUCUGCCCAGCGACAGCCCUCUAAACUGCGCUACCUUCGACCCCGAGGAUCGCCUGCUGGCUGCCGGCUGCUGGAACGGGAAAGUUGUGGUGUGGAAGUGGCUCCAGUCUAACCUCCGAGUGUUGCUGUGCGGCCACAAUUGCUCCGUGCGUAGCCUCUCCUUCUCGCCGUCGUCGCCGACCACGCUGUGCUCGGGCUCUGUGUCUGGCCAAGUGCGUGUCUGGUCUGUGGACACCUCCACCUGCGUGGGAUGCUUCCAGGCGCACGUCGGUGCCACCGAUUCCCUGGCCUUCCUUGACCGAGGCCGCUUGCUGCUGAGCGCCGGCUCCGACCACAUGCUCCAGUUGUGGUCAGGUGGACUCGGACGCUCAAUCGGCACUUUAAGGAGAAAAGGGAGUGAGCAAGAGCCCCCUCACAAAAAAAGCAAGUGCGUCGAGGCCGCCGUGCUGUGCGCGGCCGUCAACGGGGACCAUGUGGCCGUGGGUUAUAGUGACGACGGCUUCAAGCUCUUCUGCCUCAGCUCAGGUGAGAUGAUUUGGGAGUCUGGCCUUUUCCACCUGAGUGUCCCAUCCCUGCUGUGGGUACGCACGGACGCCACCGACGCAUCGCCACUACUGUUGUCCUCGGGGCACGACAAGCGCGUGCGGCUGUGGCGGCGAAAACUCGGGGCGGACGGAGAGCUGACGGGCCUGGAGAUGACGGACAUGUUUGGCACGCAGUUUGGCAUCAUCCAUACCAUGGCGCACAACGCCAUUUAUCUGGCCACCGCUUUAGAUGACUGCACUAUAUUCCUAUGGCUGCUGAGCAAGCUGAGCGAUUACAAUUCGCAGCCUCCUGCUGGCCUGCUCAAGGGCCACAGCGCUUGCGUCACCUCUCUGGCCUUCAGCCCCGAUGGUGAACAACUGCUCUCUGGUGCAAAAGACAAAGCUCUCAGGGUGUGGAACAUGACCUUGACUCCUCCUGGUCUUUCCAAAGUGCUUCCAGCUUUCCACAGAGACUGGAUCACAGGCUGUGUUUGGACUCCAGACUGUGUGAUAAGCUCAUCGAAUGACGGCAGACUUUGCUUAUGGGAUUUAGAGGCGGGUCAAAGCCUGCGAGAGAUCACCUGGGCGAGUCCUCUCACGUCUGUCUGCUGCCUGGGGCCAUACGUGGUGGCCGGAUCCACCGAUGGCAACCUGCACGUGUGGGAGUGGGAGACCAGUGUGAACAUUUGCCACAUCUCCGCCCACAAAGGACCGAUCCGUGCUUGCGCCAUCGUCCCCGAUUCCUACAACAUAAAGAAAUCCGAGGACUUCACGGUUCUUACUGGCGCCCAAGAUGGAAUCAUCCGGCUGUGGAAGCCCUUACAGGUGGAACACUUUAGCACCUUCCAGGGUCACAGCGGCGCCAUUCGCAGUGUCGCUCAGGAGGGGAGCGUCCCACAAGUCCUCACCGUUUCCGAAGAUCGCUCCCUAAGAAGCUGGAAGUGGGAAACGGAGCGGGCCCCCGGCCUCCGACGUGCCGUCACCGCUUUGUGCUUUUCCGACACGGACGGCCGCGUGCUGCUCGUCGGCUACGACUCGGGCCUGCUGGAGGUGUGGCGGUGCGGCCGAGCGGUUGGACGCAUGCAGGCUUCAGACGGCAAGGUUGUAGCCAUCUGCGCCAUGCCCAAGUGCCGCUUUGCCGUUGGCUACGUGGGCUCUUGCGUGGAUGUGUGGAAGCUAGCGUGGAAUCAGGACAAAAGCACCGCAAGCAUAGUCAAGGUGACAUCGUACCAGGUGACGGAUCAAGUGGCACACCUGGCGUACUGUUCCAUUCUCAUUGCCGUGUCCAAAAGCGGAUCGAUUUUUGACGUCGCCUGCAGCAACGACAGCGAGAUGCUCUGGUCAAUGUUGGUCCAAAGCUGGAGCCACCAAGUCAGCGUUUUGGGACUCAUCCGAAACGACGAGAAAAGCAUCUGGCUAGUGGGCGAGUCUGACGCAAAGGUCCACGUUGGCUUCAUUUUUGCUAUGGGCCCGCAGAACCAAAUUAGUUCAUCUUUCAGUUCCAUGAUCCUGGAAACCGACAAGUCUAAUGAAGAGACGAGUGACUUGAUAACGUCUAAUGAAGAGAAGAGUGACUUGAUAACGGCCGUUAGCAUUGACAAAGAAUUUGUGGUGUGUGGGGAUGUGGCGGGGAACAUGUGGUUCAACACGCCUCCACAAAUCUCCACGUGGAGCAGCAAGAAGCCCGCCCACCAUGACAGGAUCAGUGUGCUAAGGCUCACCCACAGCCUCAUCAUCUCAGCCUCCUUGGACCACACCGUGAAGCUAUGGGAAAGAAGCACCAAGAAACAAGUUGGAAUGUUUGUGUGCGGCAGUCCCGUAGUCUUGCUGGAGGUGAACCCAGAAAAUCCCUCGGAGAUGGUGUGCGGUGACACACUGGGAAAGGUUUACUUAUUUUCCUGGAGAGAAUAGAAACAGGCGGUAACUUACAAAAACCUAAUCGUAUUUCCAAGGGUUACGUCCUUUCCCGGAGAGAAUAGAAACAGACACUUACAAAAACCUAAUCGUAUUUCCAAAGACUAGCAAUGUGUGCAAUAUAUCCGUUUUUCUCCAUUUUAGUUAUGAAGGGAGCUUUAUGCUGGCAUGCUCACAUGUGCCUUUGGUUUACUUGCAUCGCAUACUUAAAUACAACUUGUAUCAGCUUUUGUGUGAGCUACAUUUGCGUUUCUUGUUUGAAAAUAUAAAUAAACAAGUAUCUUUUCUUUACAUCAGAUAAAGAGUAUAAGAUGGGUCGAAUAUGUGUGGUUGGAUGGAACAAUAAAGGCUUUCAAAUUGC